GCUAGUCCUUAUCGUUCAGAACGUUCAACGUCCAUGCCACCCAAAACGCCGGAAGACCCAGAACAAAACCCAUAUGAUCUGCUUGGGAUUUCACAGGAGGCUACAGAAUCCGAGAUUAGGACAGCCUAUCGAACUUGCUCACUAAAAGUUCACCCAGACAGAAACAGAAAUGAUCCUAACGCAGCCCAGAAAUUUCAUGCAUUGACAACCGCCUCCACCCUCCUCCUCGAUCCGCUCCGCCGUCUCGCGCUUGAUGCACAACUCCGUUUGCAAGCUGCCAAGAAACAGCGCUUUGCGUCUUAUGACAAUAAGCGUAAGGCGAUGGUCUCUGAGCUGGAGGAGCGGGAGAAAGAGUUUAAAAAGGCGCGAAUGGCCAAGGAGCAGGAAAGAACUGCGAGGGAGAGCGAAAACGCGAGGAUUCGCGAGGAGGGGCGACGAAUGCGGGAGAAGAGGGAGAAGGAGCUCGAGCUGCGGGAAUUGGAACGCCAAUACACGAGGUCGAAACCUGAGUCAAAUGGAACUAUUGAAGAAGAACCCCUUGCUCCGCCGCCUCCCGGUGAUUUGGAUACGACGAUCCGUGUCAAAUAUGCUUUGUCAUCACAUCCUGCGCUUUUUACGAUAUCCGCACUCACAGCUCAUCUUCGACGGUAUGGCGAGAUCGAUGAAGAGACAGUUGUGAUGUCACAGAAAGCCAAGAAGUCGAAAAAGUCCAAGGGGCUUGUAGACAGUGAGAUGAUAGUGACCGCGCUGGUGCCAUUCAAUCAGUUGGGCGCUGCAUUUGCCGUAGUAUCGAGCGCUGAAUUGCUGAAAGAUCGGGGCAUGGACGUAGCAUGGGCAGGCGGAUAUGAGCCUCCGAUACUAGGCUGGCUUCGCGAACGCGGAGAACUCGAAGGACCUACAGCCAAGUGGGCUGAGCCGUCCCCGACAAAGACUGCUUCGGAGGGCACGACGUUCAGUUCGUUUCCCUCGAGUUUUCCUGCUUUUGAUGAUGUUGCACCACCAGCUCCACCUGCUGCGAAGGCGGGGAUAGACUACGAGUCGUUGACGCUCCUUCGCAUGCGUGAAGCUGAGCGUGCACGCCUAGAGAAGGAGAUACUGGAAGCAGAAGCUGCUGAGGGUGGCUAGCCUUUCUUUGCAGUCGCUUAGCAUAUGAUGUCUUCUGACAUCGAACCUUUGGUCGCAAUCUCAAUGUCUGGUGUGAGCUCCAGAGCACCGUGUGCCUUUGGUGCCUUUGACGCUUCUCGUGGGCAGUGAUGAAGGAUAACGAGUGGAAGGUUAGAGGCAUGUAUGCAUAUUCAGUUUUACAUCCAUGAGAUUAAUUUAUUGCAUUUCUCAAGAAUUUGAUCGGGGAGGCCUUUGAAACGUGAUGUAUUAUGACGGCGUUCAUGGUACCCGUGGUCUGAUCGUUACAUCCAGCUGAAAUGUUUGCACCAUGUUCC